GAACUGAAAUCAUGCCGAAACACAGUCCGUGAUACACGUCCGAUAAACUAUGCAUUCAUGUUUCCGUUUAGGACUUUAUUCGAAAUAAGACAUGCAGAGCAAGACGAGGACAUAUUUCUACAUCAUCCGUGUGCCUUUUCACCUUCUCUCCACCUUGGUUCCGAAUAACUCGCGGAGCAACAUUUUGACACCGUGAUCUCAUCGCAAACCCCCCGAUUUUCAAAGCUGCGUCACUACCAUGAGUGGGACGGGUCCUGAGCGUCCGCUCCACCUGUCUGUGCACGGAGCUCCUCUUCGGAGAUACUCGGUCAAUGUUUCAAAGGAAGUAGAGGCGGUUGACGGGGUUGCACGUCUCAUUGUCGUAACAUGUGUCGCGCACGAUGUCUUAAACACGAAGGUUGUACAGUAUUUCUAGGUAGACGAAACGCGUCUAGCUCCGGCAGCAGCUGCGCUGGAGUCUGAUAGUUGUGUUACAGGUGGUUUUAACACACUACACGCCCUGUUCUAUCACUGGUUUUUCAUAAUGCGCUAGUCAGUCACAUCCCCUGUGCACUUUCUUUCUUGAUAAACGCUUUUUAUAGCCAGCUUGUCCAGCUUUUAGAGCAGUCCUUCGUGCCAAUUAAGCCAGUCUCAUGCGGCACACACAGAGCACCACGCUGCACGGGACUGACGGAAAAAAAAACACAGAAAAGCGACCGAGUCACAGACAGCAGCAGCAUUUGGGGGGCUCGGCGCAUGUGAGAGAUAGUCAGUGGGCCGUGAAACACUGUUCUACAGCUUAAGAGCUGAAGAGCAACGUAGCAAAAAAUCACAGGAAGUUCAUCGCUUCCUGUGUACGUGUGCUUUUUUUUUAAUGGAAACGGCGAGAUUGGGUCUGGAAACCUCAAGUCUCUGGUAGUCACAGGCGAGAUUUCGUUUUGAAAUUUCUGUUCGUUAUUUUGUCGCCCAGGUAGGCGGCAAGCCGGGCGGAGCCGUGCCAGCAGCAGGUGUCUGCUGAAUUAUUCAUGCCCAGGUCGGGCUGGGGCCAGGAGUCAGGUGUGCGCUGCAUAUUCAUGAGCAUGUUAAUGAGCAGGUGGGUGUCUGGGGCAGCGCGGCAGGGAGCGCAGAGUCAGUGAAGCUGGUCAGUCUGCUCGGAGCUCCGCUUUUUUUACCCCAGACGGUCAGUUUUCAGCUUUCCCAGAGCCCCAUGUCCUCGCCUGCGCCGGUUCGGUAUUUCUCGGAGUCGGAGGUGUCCCAGCACCGCUCCCCCAGCUCCUGUUGGGUGCUGUUGGCCAACAGGGUCUACGAUGUGACUGGUUUCCUCAGAAGGCACCCUGGCGGGGAAGCUCUGAUUUUAAGCCGAGCGGGGACCGAUGUCAGCCGACAGAUGGAAGGACCUCCUCACCGGCACUCAGAAAACGCCAGGCGGUGGAUGGAGCAGUAUUACAUCGGGGAACUGCGCAAAGACCCUGGGGACACGCAGACGGUGCGAGAGAGGAGGCAAGGCUCACACCAGACCCCAGAGGAGGAGACGGGAGCCAGCCGGUGCAGUAGUGUCAACACGGAGACGGACCUGGUGGACUGGAGGAAGCCCUUGCUGUGGCAGGUGGGCCACCUGGGAGAGAAGUACGACGACUGGGUGCACCAGCCCGUGGAUCGGCCUAUCCGUCUCUUUUACUCGGACGUCAUAGAAGCCUGCUCCAAAACCUCCUGGUACAUGGUCCCUAUAGUCUGGUUACCAGUUGUUGCGUACCUGAGCUGGUACUGCUUUUCCUCUCUCGCACGGGGUGACACCAGGCUUUUUGCUUCCUUCACCACAGAUUACUCCAUACCGAUUCACAAGUACACCUUCCCAUUCAUGUUCCUGCUUGGGAUGUUCCUCUGGUCCCUGGUCGAGUACCUCAUCCACCGCUUCCUGUUCCACAUGAAGCCUCCUGCCAGCAACUAUUACCUCAUCACCUUCCACUUCCUCCUGCAUGGGCAGCACCACAAGUCCCCAUAUGAUGGGUCCCGCCUGGUCUUCCCCCCCAUCCCCGCCUCUAUAGUCAUCGUAGCCUUCUAUGGCCUCAUCCGGCUGCUGUUGCCUGAGGCCCUGGGUGUGUCCAUCUUUGUGGGGGGUCUUUGUGGCUACGUGGUCUACGAUAUGAUCCACUACUACCUACACUACGGCAGCCCCAGCAAAGGUUCCUACAUGUAUGGUCUGAAGGCCUACCACGUCAAGCAUCACUUUGAGCACCAGAGAUCAGGUUUUGGAAUCACCACUCGGUUCUGGGAUCACCCGUUCCACACCCUAAUCCCGGAAGAGACCUUUGAGAAGGGACACUGACUCCUGGGGACCUGGCCUUCCUUGUGCCUUGUCCAGCCCCCGAAUCCAGCGGGCUCCGUAGCAGGGAGAAGAGAUCUGGCCUCAGCCCCAUGUGAUUUUGUGCCUUUGCAUUUAUGAAUCUGUCCUAUGUCUCUGUUUUCUAACUAUCUUCCACAAUCCGAGGUACCACUCAAUACCUGGGGAUUUUUCCAUAUUUAUUGAUUGUUUAAAAAAAGAAAGAAAUAGCUUUUUUUAUUAUUGUUUUAGAGUAUUGUUAAUGUGUAUGCACUAAACCACAAAGUUCAGCAUAAUUCUAAGACGAGCUUCUGAAGUGCUGGUGCGAUGCAGAAUUGGAUGACAGGUCUAAUAUGAAGGCAGCAUGACAAAUUGCAGGGGGACAGCAAGACAAAGACCGUUCUAAAGCCUGUGCCGGACAUGAGCCAAACUGUUACUGCUUUGGCACCACAAGGAAGACAAUCUGUUGUCAGCAGCUUCACCAAUUUUGCACCCUCCCAGCUUUGUUCUGUUGGGUAAGGGUACUGUUUUUUUUUUAGGUUUUCUGUUCUUUUUGUCUAAAUGGUGUCUUCCUGCUUUGUUAGCAACUCGCACACUGUCACUGUACAGACUGUGCUGCCACCUGUAGUACAUUUAUAGGAAUGUUUGUCUAGGUGCUGAAAUAUUUUAUUGAUGGCUACCUAUUAUUUCAAGCAAGCGCCUUCCAGGCUGACAUAUGAGUGUUAUUCUUCUUCAGUUGUUACAGAACUCAUUUAUACGAAGUAUAGGGGUGGCUGUCCAUCUUGGUAUAGGAUGGCUGCACAGUUACCUUCAAAGCCUUAACAUACUUGCAAAAUAUUGCAUAGAAAGAGAAAUGGAGGAGGAUGGAGUUCUGUGUUUUUGAAGAAUUACUUUUGCAUCAGUCUUGGUAACAAAGCAUGCAGUCAUCAGAGAAGAACUGGCACGUUGGUCUCCUUUCUAAAAUUAUACUUUUCUGUUUAUGUGUUAUGUAAAUGUGAAGUGUUAGUUUACUAGGAACCCCAGGAGAACUGUGAAGUUUCUCCAUCAAACUCUGAUGUUAAACAGGGGUGUAAAAUACCUACUUCUGCCACAUCGACUCUAGAUCUCCCUUGCUUGAGAAUCCAAAGAGGUUCUUGUUCCUCUGCUGUUAGAAUGUCUCCAUGAAACAGCAGCAUGCGGAUUGUUACAGUCUGUGCAUCACGUCUGGAUGGAAACAGCAUUCAGCUGCACUUUUGCCAUGAAUGCUGAACUCUGCUCUCCAGCUAAUGUAUCUCCAGCUCUCUGCUGUGCCACUGCUCCUCUGGGCUUUUUGCACACUUCCUUUCUUGUGCUGUUGCUGUACCAGUGACCUCUCAACAGCUCCCUUGUUCCUGCGGGAAUACCUACAGCCAAAUCGGGAGAAACCAUGAGAAAGCCAUAGCUUUUAACGUCUCUUCACGUCGUUUUCCAGAUUUCUUGUAGGAUCUUAAAAGUUUAAAAAGACUAACAAGAAAAUUAUUUUUUUAAUGCGAUUUACCCAGGUUUGAGCGACAGGGUAGAUGACAAACUAGGUGCCUUAAUUUUGUGCAUUAGCUAGAGAAGUAGAAGUAGACCCUUUCAUUCAAGCUUUUACUUUCUGUUCUCUGAUCUGCUUCACUUUUGUUUUCUUUGGGGAAGGGGGUUUGGAGGGAGGGAUAUAUUUUGUUCUUGUUGCCCUUUAGAGACUCUGUAAAGUGUGGGUGUUGAGGGAAAUACUGGUCUUCAGCAGGAUACAUGCCAAUCUACAGACAUUGUUGCAGACCAACCUGCAGAGGGUAUGGGGCCCAGUGUGCUGGUUUCUGACAGUGUAGACUGAAGAUGGCAAGCGAAACCAGAAGUUUAUUUUUAAAGGAGAGGACCUGUCUCAUCCAAUAAAAUCAUAUGACACUGAAUGUGGAUGUUUGGCACCGAGCGUCAACCAAGUUUCUCCGACUUGUCUUCUUUUUUUUAUUUGUUAACACUUGCUCUGAAGGACUUCAGAAAUCGGACGUAAGAGAGACUUUCAUGUUUCCACAGGGCUGACACCUCUGCUUAGAGGGUUCUGGAACAAAGCCAUCUCCUGCAACCUGUUUUAUUGUUCUUAAUAUUUUUGUGCAGGGAGGCAUGUUGACCACAGGUUGGCAUUUAUUAGAGUCAGAAAUGUACUAAUGAAGACCAGAAACCAACUUAAAUAUCUGUUACCAAAUCUGCUUGGCACUGUGCAUGCAAAAUAUCCCCACUACAAUAAUUCUAUCUCCUAUGUUUUAGGUUAUGCUAAAUAAAUUAAAAAAGUACCAGGGUGAACAGACGGGCAUUAAUCCAUUUGGUUGACUUAAGGAUGGAAAGCCUGUUGGGAUUUAGAGAGGAAUCAAAAAUACUACAGUUGAAGGAUAUUUAAAUACAGGUGUAGUAGGAACACUAUGAAAAUAAAUGCAGUCUGUCAGAAAUACAAAAUGCUUUUUUACAGCAGUGGGAAACGUCCUCAUUCAACUGCAGUGUGGGGAAAUAAACCGUGGUUAAGUGUUUGUCACCUUAAAAUCGUGUGGCCAGGUCACUGGCUGAAGUUCUUGAUACCACUUCAAAAUCCUUCCAACAGCUCUUCCAUCCGGCACCAUUCUUACCCAACGCACAGUGUCCUGUCUAAUGACUUCUAGAAAACACUUCUGAACAUUUUCAAAAGUAACAUUUUGUAAAUGUGUUUCUAGGAAGAGAUAAUAGUAUUUGGUGAAUGUUUAUUUUUAAAAAAAGCUUGUGGAAAAUAUGUAUAUUAAAAAGCUUCUAAUCACUUUCUGA